AUGACCUUUGCGAGCGAAUUUUGGGGCCGCCUCGCCGGCCAGGUGAAUAUCCUGUUCUGGAACAACACACUCAUGACACAUCUGGCCGUUUCGCUUAAUCGACUGUUUACGAUAGUCUUCCCCACGCGACGCGUGAAAUUUGCAAACGGGAAUGGCACUCGAAUUCUGGUAGCCUCGACUUGGUGCAUAGCUGCUUUUCUCAAUAUACCUUACUUUUUUCGCGAUACCUGCUAUUUCUUCUACGAUCCGACGAGUUAUGCAUGGACGUUUUCUGACAAUUUUUGCGGCCACAUUAUAGGAACAUACAUGGACUGCUGGGCGGGGAUUACCGGUAUGCUAAUUAUCGGAGUCCUCGACGUCUUCACGAUUUUCAAGUUACGAAGGUUACAUAAGAACGUGGCCGGCGUCGCCACGCGGGAAGACAUGUCGAAACGAAAGAAUAUGGAAAUUAGGUUUUUCAUACAGAGCUGUAUUCAAGUGGCGAUGCUCGCUUAUCUCUGGCAAGCCGUUCAUGCGUUGGAUGGCUGCGUUCUGCUCGUCUUCCACUGGAGAUGCUCAAGAAAGACGACGUCAGCAAGAGACACCUGCUACAUGAUCUACGUCCCGCAAAAAUACGCGUGGCAAUUCUCGGAUAAUUUGUGUGGGCAUGUCAUUGGUGUCUACCUCGACUGUUAUGCCGCAAUGUUGGUGGUUGUUGUGUUAAUUCUGUUAGAUAUCUACACGAUAUUGCAUUUGAAGCGCAUGCAUAAGGUCAUUUUCUAUAUCAUGACUUCAUCCAAGGAACCAGAACGGUGUCAUCAAGAGCACCUCGAGCGCGGAAUUGAGAAGGAGGCGCGGACUGGAGAUACGGUUUUUCAUGCAGAGCUGCGUCCAGGAAUGUCCGAAGAAACCACGACCGAAGCUUUCAACGAGGAUCUGGUGACGAUUGCCAGCAGCGAGUUGGCAGCCAUUAUUAUAGUCAUGGUCUCAAUCUUCGGGCUUUUGGCCAAUUUCCUCUCCAUCCACCUCGUCCUCACCUACCCGCACCUCAGGAACAGUUUUGGGGCGCUCUGCGUUUCGCAGAGCGUCGCCAACUCGGGGUUAUUGAUAAUAUUCGCCGGUUGGUGCGCGCCAAUGCAGUGGAUGAGCGACGACGAGAUGUCCACGGGACUCUGGGGCAAGAUUGUGGGUCAAUUGAACACGCUGUUUUGGGCCAAUUCCGUUUAUUCUCAUUUAGUUGUAUCGCUCAAUCGACUAUUUUCGAUCACUUUCCCUACAAGACGCCUGAAAUUCGCCGGCUCAAAAGGGACCUAUUUUCUCGUCAGCUGCUCAUGGACGAUUGCCGCCAUCCUGAACUUGCCAUAUUUCUACCGAGACGAAUGUUAUAUCGUGUACACGCCGUCGACCUUUACGUGGAAUUACUCGCAGAGCACCUGCGGAACGAUUAUUGGCACCUACCUCGACUUCUACCUCGGCAUGGCCGUCUUCGGCAUUAUCGCUAUUUUUGACGUGUAUACGAUAUUUCAACUACGGGUAACGCGAAAGAUGUUCCGAAUUUUACUAAUGACGCUCCUGACGCUGGUAUACUUCACCGGCUCUUCACCACCACCGAUGGUCGGCGCGCUGUGGAAUUUGGAAGAGGUCACCGAAUGCGAGCUCCACUACAACGCGCUUGUCUACAACAACUACGGCUGCUGGUGUGGGAUCGGCGGUGCGCACGAGCCGGUGGACGGCAUUGAUGCUUGCUGCAAAGUGCACGACAAGUGCUACGACGCGGCCGUCGACGCGAAGAUUUGCUACGACACCGCGUGGGAGUACGUCGAUGACUACAGCUGGAAAUGCGAAAAUGGGACGGCCAUUUGUACCGACACAAGCUCGCCGUGCAAGGUCGCGCUGUGCGCCUGCGACAAGGCUGUUGUUGAAUGCUGGAAGCACUUCCCCAAGCCGACGAUCAAAGCCAAAUGCAACGCCGUUCGCCAAUACCUGAAAUACCUCAACCGGCCGCACCAUUUCUACCAC